AUGCCGGAGUUUACCAAGGACACAGAGGCGACCCCCGAGAAGAUCCAGCCCUGGAAAGCGCACUGGCCGCAGAGCACCAUGAGCACCGCGCACCUGGACCCGCGGAAGUUUGCGCGAGCGGCCGGCGGCAGCAAGGGCGCAUCGCCGAACAAGGAUAGCUUCGUUGAUGGGACCAAGGAUAGGCAGGCCGGCCUGUCUACUCUGAUUGCGAUUGUGAUCGCAUACUGGACGUGUGGGCCAGGCCGAUGGCAAGUUCAUGAGGACACUAUGAUAUGA